AACAUUGUUGUAUUGGCCGCUGCGAUAUUGUUCUUGUAAGUUGCGUGUGCUGAUGCGGUCCGGUUAUCUUUUUGUUUUUCGAUAAAAUUGUGUGACGGACAUUGUUAAAAACUAGUUCAUAUAUUAAUUUGAAUAUCUGUGCAUGUGUGUGGUAACUACUUAUCAAGUCUCAACGUAAAUAACUGCAAUAAAAGGAUGUCAUCAAUUAAGAGUAGAGAUAGGAUUUUGGAAGCGAUUGACCAGUUGCGUCGACGAAAAGCACGUCCAGAUAUUCAAAGAAUUUGUAAUUAUUUAUUUCGCCGGUUUUCCGUUAAUUCCGUAGAAGCAAGAAAUGAUCUAGAUUGGUGUGUUGCUAAUAAUUAUGUACUUAAAGUUGAAUACAAAGGAAGCAUAAGUUACCGUAAUGCGGCGAAAAAAAAUGCGCAACAACGACAUAGAAGUGUGGAUCAGAAAAAACCAUCUGUUCAAAGUAAUAUUCAUGAUAUCGCUUACAAAACAAAUCGCCAGUUUAAUGAAUUAUUAACAAAUGCUUUUGGAGAAUUGAUAGUGGAAGAACCUGACUAUUUGGAAAUGGGUAUACCAGGUACUGAAAUAAUAAACAAUAUAUUAGCUAAGGAUAGCGUUAGAUAUACCAAAAAGUAUAUUAGUAUAUUAUUAGAAAAAGAAGUUGAGAGAGGUGGUUUGAUAAAGACAGAAAAUGGUGAUUAUCUCAUGGGGCCCUCUAAGGACGAAGAAAGUGUGAAAGAUAAGGCGAAAUAUUGGAAACGGGAUAGCAUAAAUGUGAUCCGAGCGAACGAAGUGACUAGGGAACAUUCUCAAUCAAAUAAUCGUGAUGACAACCACUUAUUUAUUCAAACAAAAAAUAAAAAAUUUACUGAGAAGGAAUCUAAGAAGCAUUGUAAGAAUGAUCAUUAUGAAAAUAUGGAUUCUUCGACGAAUUCCGCAGAUGAGAAGAAAUCUGAUGGCAUAUUAAGAACCGGGGGUAGACGCAAGAGAGCAAAGAAAGUAUUUGAUCCCUCGGAUAAUCAUGUCCCUAAAAAAAGAGGCCGUCCUGUUGGAUCAUUAAACCGAUCAACUAUAGAAAAGCAACUGGCCAGACGAAUUAAUGAAGAUGGUCGAGAAAAUCGCCCAGAAUCAAGAACAUCCAGUAAUGGGAGAGAUCAACAUGGUGUUUGUUCCGUUUGUCAUAUACAAAAUAGAAGGGGGCCAAAUGAUAGAAUGAUUGCAUGUAGGGAAUGUAGCAAUAAAGCUCACUACAGUUGUUUAAAUGGCGAUGAUAUGAUGUUGAAGAUGUAUCCAGAUAAUACCUGGCAGUGUCCACAUUGCAAAACAUGUGUGGUCUGUUUUGAAACAUCAGAUGCUGGCAAUUUAACAGUAUGCUCAGUUUGUGCUGAUGGUUACCACGCAAGCUGUCAUCAACCAAGAAUUAUUGAGAAAAUUAGAAAUGGUCAGAAAUGGUUAUGUAUUAACUGUCAGAUGCCAGAUGAAUUAAAAAUCAAUCAAAUCCAAGCUAAUGUCAAUUCUUUUAGUCGAAAAAGCAAUUCAGAUAACAAUGAUAUCUCGUCUUCUAAUUCUGAUGACUCAUCACCAUCCUACAACUCUUCUCUAUCUCCAACUCCACCUCGACUAAGUCCUCAAACUGGAGGAAGAGAUUCACCAGAUGCUGAUGCACAAUCAGAUUCUCAGAGUAAUAAGGAGGAUGACGAAGAUGAAAACAUUGAUACUUCAAUUCCAGAUGCAACACAUUGGUCUGCAGAUGAAGUGUAUGAAUAUUUUGCUCAGUAUUUUCCAGAAGAAGCAAAAAUAUUUAAAGAACAGGAAAUCGAUGGCAGAUCUCUUUUAUUAUUGAAAAGGAUAGACGUAUUGACAAAUCUCAAUUUAAAAUUGGGUCCGGCAUUGAAAAUUUAUAAGCAUGUUGUAAAAUUACAAGUAAGAAGGGACGAUCCUAAAUUAUAUUGGUUCUAAAUUUUUUAAGUAGAUUUAAGACUAUAUUUUGGGAGCAGCAAUAAGUCUAAAACCACAUAUUUCUAAGAUAGUAACAUUUUUGUUAUAUAUUUCUUUAAUUACUCAUAAAAUUGUAGAAUGUCAUCUUUCUAAACACGGACGGUAGGAGCGGGUUGUCUAAACUUCAUGACUUUCUACGUAUAUAUCUUUCCAUAUGAUUUUGAUUAGAUUUAUGAAAACAAAACAUAUUGUUCUAUUUGUCUAAUUUUCUUUGCUUAUUAUUGACCAAACUUGUAUGAAAAAUUUGACUGUACUACUAUAUUAUUUAUUUGCAAUAUAUGUAUAUAACUUGAGAAUGGAAUUAUUGACAUUUGGUAAAUAGAUAAAUUAUGUGAGGCUGCGAACAAUUUUAUUAUAAUCAUUAGUAGUUUAAUUAUUCUCAUAAUUAUUCACAUUACAGAUCAGAUUUUACAAAUAAAAAGAAUUAGAAUUAUCCUUGAUAAUUGACAUUUAUGUUGAGAAAACCAGUUUUCAAUUUUUAAAUAAUGUGAAAACACCAUAUACUUAAUAAGUACCUGAUUGUAAUGAAAAGUCAGUCCUCACAUAACGUUAUACAUUUGUUGAUAUAUCAAAUGACCUACGUAAUUAAAUAAGUAGAGAAGUAAUUUGUAAUUGAAUUUUUAUUUUAAUAAAAUUGUUAUCUAAUAAA